UCUUACUCUGCAACUACAAAUCGAAUCUUCAAACAUGACAGUCACAAACCUCGAAGACCCCCAAGACUGGCGCCUCAUCGUCGCGCAGAAACGCAAGCAGCUCCACUCCCAAAUCCCCUCCGCCUGGCGAUUGAGCGACUCCUUCCGCGCCUCUCUUCCUACCAACGGCCACCUCCUGGCCUUCGACGCCAUCGCCAAAAGCAACAUCCUCACCCCCGAGGAACUCGACCUCACCGAGAACUACACCGCCGGUCAAUUGCUUCAACGACUCGCCUGGGGUGAUGUCAGCUCCUUGGCCGUCACCACCGCGUUCUGUAAGCGGGCUGCCGUUGCACAGCAAUUGACAUCCUGUCUGACAGAGCACUUCUUUGAUCGAGCGAUCGAGCGAGCCCAGUACUUGGAUGACUACCUGAAGCGCGAAGGGAGGGUCGUGGGUCCGCUGCAUGGGCUGCCGAUUAGCCUCAAGGAUAGUUUCUGUGUGGAAGGCGUGGACACCAGCGUGGGAUAUGUGUCGUUUCUGGCGCAUGGUCCCGCGAAAAAGAAUGCCGCUUUGGUGCAGAUGUUGCUGGAUCUGGGGGCGGUCUUAUAUGUGAAGACGAAUGUGCCGCAGACUAUGAUGACCGGCGACUCAGACAACAACAUCUACGGCCGCACGCUCAACCCGCACAACACAACCCUCACAGCCGGCGGCUCGACAGGCGGCGAAGGCGCGCUCGUCGCCCUCCGAGGCUCCAUCCUCGGCGUGGGCACCGACAUCGCCGGCUCCAUCCGUAUCCCCGCCCUCUGCUGCGGCGUCUACGGCUUCAAGCCCACCACCAACCGCAUUCCCUUCUCGGGCCAGACCAGCGGCGUCAUGGAGGGCGUGCCCGGCAUCGUUCCCUCCGCAGGCCCGCUCGCUCAAUCCCUCGACGAUCUGGAGCUCUUCGUGUCUACGAUCCUCGACGCAUCUCCCUGGCGCUAUGACUGUGCCGCCACAGCAGCCCCAUGGUCCCGAUCCUUAGCCCUAAGCCAGCCGCGGCAGCUGCUCACAAUCGGCGUACUAGGAGAAUGCGCACACUUCCCACUCCAUCCCCCAGUGGCACGAGCCUUGAACAAGGCAGUAGACGCCUUGAAGCAAAAAGGCCACCGCAUAGUAUAUCUAACUCCAGACAACCGCACCAACACCACCACCACCACUUCCCCCUCGCUCUCCCUCGCAACCGACCUUGCCCACGCCAACCGCCUCGCCUUCCAAUACUUCAUCUACGGCCCCCACACAGACCACAUCUCUCCAAGCGGCGAACCCCCGGUUCCCUCCGUCACCAAAGCGAGCUCGCCCAUGUUCACAGGGCCCCUGCCGGUUUCAAUGGGUGAGACCGUCCCCACCUUCACCCUGAUCGAUGAUCUCCACAAAGAGCGGCAGAAGUACAGCGAUGCCUGGCGCGAGACGUUUGUGACUUUCGACUUGGACGUGGUGCUCGCCCCGGGGGCCCAGAACACGGCCGUGGAGUGGGAUACUUUUGGUUGGCCGCCGUAUACGGUUGUGUGGAACUUGGUGGACUACCCUGCCUGUAUGAUUCCCUACGGCAAAGCGUCAAAGGAUCUGGAUCCUGAACCGAUGAUGGUUGACGAUGGGGUGCAGCCUAGUUAUCACCCCGACGCAGUCGAUGGUGCUCCCUGCGCGAUCCAGGUGAUUGCACCCCGCUUCCACGACGAGAAAUGUCUGGCAGCCGCGAGGAUCAUUGAUCGCGAUCUUCGAUUGUAGUAACCCGCAGCAUUCAUGUUGGGGGAGGUUGGCUUGUGUGGUCGAUCAUAGACAUCUUUUGAAUUAUAUUAUGCACUUGUGAUUCGACUGCAAAUGUCAUCUUUUUGGGAUUCGA